AUGUGCAUUUUAUGUUAAACACAAUAACAACCGACUCGACGCUUACAUGAUGGUUUAUAAUGAGGAAAAGCGGAAAAUUUAAGAGACACUUGACUUACAGCAAUUCAGAUCGUAAAUAUCACAAGUAAAUACACAAUGGCUGACCUUCUGUCAACGCCCCCUAGGAGCUCGCCACUUUUAGCCGCAUCACCAGACAUAAGUCGGGGACCUGACUCUCGGCACAGAUGUUCUAUAGAUGUAGGCGCGGAUAUGCACGAAAAAGAAUUAGACCCCGAGAUUCAAAGAAUCUUCCAGAGUUCUGAAGAAGGAUCAAGAAAAGGAUCACAUUGCCAUGCUAUGAAAGAGAAAAUUGGAGUUGACAAGCGAGCUAGAAGAAAAUUGAUCAUUGCCAGUACCCUGUGUGUUCUUUUCAUGAUUGGAGAAAUCAUUGGUGGCGUGUUAGCAGGAAGUUUGGCCAUUAUAUCAGAUGCAGCUCAUUUGUUGACUGACUUUGCCAGUUUUAUGAUCAGUCUUUUAGCCCUGAUGCUGGCCACUAGGUCACCCUCCAAGAAGUUCAGCUUUGGAUGGUAUCGGGCAGAAAUCCUUGGAGCGUUGCUAUCGAUUUUGUUCCUGUGGAUUCUAACUGGAGUGUUGUUCUACAUGGCGGUGAGGAGAGUGAUUGAUCAGAACUAUACAAUCAAUGCUACAAUCAUGCUGAUCACUGCAGCAUGUGGCGUAGCAUUUAAUAUCAUAAUGGGUAUAUCAUUAGGACAUCAUGGACACAACCAUUCUCAUCAGAAGGAGGCCAGCAACUCAAAGACAGAUGAAUCAAAUAGUAAUCCAGGACUAUCAGUACAAGAGGUUGUGAGACACGAAUCCUAUGGAGCUAUAAAUAGUAAUGACAGUGACACUGAGCCUUUAGUACAGGUCAAGGACACUCAUAAAGAGAGAGAAAACAUCAAUGUCAAGGCUGCCUUCAUUCACGUGGUGGGGGAUCUCAUACAAAGUAUUGGUGUCCUGAUUGCAGCUUUCAUUAUCUAUUUUAAGCCUGAAUGGAAGCUGGCAGACCCCAUCUGUACCUUUGUGUUCUCUUUAAUUGUGAUGGUUACCACAUUCAAGAUAUUUUUGGACAUUUUAAAUGUGCUGAUGGAAGGGACGCCGAGGGGUAUCGACAUUACAUCAGUAAGACGGAGUUUCCUCAAAAUUCCAGGGGUUAAAGAUGUCCAUAACCUCAGAUUGUGGUCGUUAUCAAUGGAUAAAAUUGCCUUAUCAGUUCAUUUAGCAGUCGAUUCGCAAACAGAUCCAUUGAAAACUCUAAGGCUUGGUUCAGCUAUGGUUCGUUUAAAAUACGACAUUUCUGAGAGUACCAUUCAAGUGGAGGAAUAUGUGGAUGAAAUGGACGACUGUACGCAUUGUCAGGGUGCGAAAUAGAUUUAUUUCUGUGCUUAGAUGUAAUUGAAAUAAACGACUUUAUCAGUGUCAAGAUGCGAAAUAGAAAUUGUGUAUCCGGAUGUGAAUAAAACAGCUGUCAAGAUGUAAAAUAUACAUCGUGUAGUGUGAUUGGAUGAAAUGAAAGAUGAAACGGACUAUCAGGAUGCGAAACGAAUAUGGUACACUGCGAUGUCGAUAGCUGCAUUUAUUUAUGAAAAGGGGUUAAUGUACUCGGUAUAUGUAUGAAUUCGAAAUGAUAAAACUUGUAUCUUGUGCCAUAUUCAGUUUCAUUUUAACCUUUAAAUUUUUAUAUGUGUAUCUAAGAAUUGUACAUAUAGUCAGUUUGCUCUUAUUUCAAUUUCUUAGUGGAGUAAUUGAUUACGAACCUUUUUAUUUCUUUAGACAGCUAUAAAUGUGAUAAAUCUAUAUCUGUGAUAGAUACCUACUGGAAAACGUCAUGUGAUACAUGUACCUGUAUUAUCAAGCAAUCCAACAUCAUUGGAGUUCAAUUCUCAACCAUAUUAUUUCAAUCACGUUUUUAUUACCAACACAGGACACGUUGCAGAACUGUAGCUCAACGCGAAGUUUGGGUUGCUAGAGUUCCAUUCAUACCAAAGAGACUUAACUUCUAAAGUAAAAUGUCUCAAGAAUAUUUUGUUAAAAUUUUCACAGAAUAUAUUCCUAAAUUAGCUUCAUGGGUCCAAUACCAUGCGCAACUUUUUGUGCGCAAUAAAACAUUUUUUCUAUGGCUGGAACUGAAGCUUUAACCUGAAUUAUUUUUUUAUUUUUAAUUUUUUUGGUAUGUUUUUUCUUUCUUGUGCGAGGCAUUGUGUUUGUUUGAUGUUUUUUUUUCAUUACCAUUACCAUGUUCAAAUUCAUUUGUGAAUCUAUUAUUGUAAAAGCUGUUGUGCAUAAUAUAUCGUUUCAUUGUUUCAUAAUGUACUUGGGAUUUCUAGGCAUAAAGCUAUUAUUACUCGCUUAAACAAGGAAAAGGCUAUAUGAAAAACCAUGUAAUAGUCAUUUUUGGCCAAAUGUCUCCUAUAUUUUAUUAACGCUGAAACAGGGAAAGAAAGGCAUAUCUAAUUAAUGCUCGAUAAAGAUAACUCAAUGUGCUGUAAAUUCUUAGCUUAAAUAUUGAAGUAUUUAUAUUAUUACAUGUUGAUAUCUGUUCAACAAUAUGAGUGCAAUUAAAAGCAAUAAAAUCUGACAGAA